UCUAAUUAUAAUUAUUACCAAUUAAUUUUCAAUUAACUUAGACAAUUUUCAUUUUUUUUAAAAUUUACAUAAACAUCAAAUUUUUUAAAACCACACGCAUACACACACAAGCCACACACUUGAUGGAAAAUGACACGAACAACAAUCAAGAACAAGAACAAGGAACAAGCUAAAUGAAGUCAACUCUCAAAGUGAAUUGUAAAUAACCCAUAAGAAAAAGGAAUCAAGUGAACUAUUGACAUGGUAAAAAAUCAGAGCAAAAUAAUCACCAGUUUAAAUUAUUAACCCAAACAUUGGUGAUGAUUUAUUUAGAAUCGCCAUGGUUCAAAUGGUUAAAUGAAGCACAAGAAACAAUAAUAGUAAUGAUAAACUCUGAAUACCGGCCAGUUUUUUUUUGCUUCUUCACUAGAUUAUCCUUUUAUAUUUUGUAUCAACUCAACUUAUAUAAACUUACACACUACCAUGUUUGCCUAGCGGAUUCAAGUUUCUGGUUUGCAGGAUAGACCAAAAAAGCUGAAUUGUGAAUGAAAUUAUGUCAAAAUACAAAGUACGGAUACUUAUGCAAGAGGAAUCAUUAACUUGUAUCAAAGAAAACAGUAGCAACCAACAAAAGGAACAAACAUCAAUUGUAUCAAAUUUUUCUUCAUCUUCAUCAUCAUUACCAUCAUCUUCUUUUUAUACUCAUCAACACAUGAAAAUAAGGUUAACACACCUCGUUGCACCAAGAUUACAUCACCUCACACACACACACACUCAUAAGCACACACACACACAUACACAUUCAAUGAUCACGUUUGAUGUAACAAAAACACUCACAGAAACUUUCACACACAAUCACUACUCCUUGAUCACCUUAAAUUGCCCAAAGGAAAGAAACAAAAUUUAUAAGAUAAAUCACAACUAAAUCGCCUAUUCAAUACAUCGCUCAUCAAUUAUAACACCAUCAGAACCUCAAAACGCAAGCCAUACACACACACAUAAUACCUUAUUUAUAUACAACUAUCAUCAUGAUAAACAUGAUUCAUUUUAAUUUUCUCUUUGUUUAUCCGUCGUGAAGUAACACUCAUAAGGAUGUCGAAGUAAGGGAGUGAUGGGAGCGAAGUCUGAUGAUUAUGGAAUACAACCACUUGGAAUUGCUAAUGAAUCUAUUCGUAAUAGAUCAAUAUUGAAUUCGAAACAAUCACCGUCGACCAUCAAAUCAACAUGAAACCAACAGAAUCGUUACUAAAUCUUGCGACGAGGAAUUUGGUCCUUUAAAAGUUACCUUGUCAACGAAUAAUUAGUCCAUCGUAUAGAGAAAACUCAAACAACAGCGACAACAUUUCAACGGGAACUCAAACCAUCAACUUUAGAUACUUUGAUUACAAUUAUAAUUCUUAUUUUACCGUCCACUUCUAAUGGUUUUAAACAGCUAAUGAAAUUCCGUGAUAAUUUACUCAAUUCAAAGCCAUUCGAAAGUGAGAGGAGCGACUAUACCGAAAGCAAUUUACCCGAUGUGACAGAAAAUGACUCUUCAAUCAAUCAAAUAAUCGCCGAGAAUGAACGUUUGAAGAGGCAAAUUUCUGACCUGAAGCAACAAAAUCUCAUGUUGAAUAAUAUUUUUAAGACCAAUAUAGAUAAAUGAUUAUCUUUCCCUGAAAUCGGACGUUUCCCAUUAUUGUUGUUAAUUGUUUCUUGUUAAUGAUAGAUUGUUGUUCCUUACUAAUACAUAAGACUAUUGAAAUGAAGGAAAAGAUGUAAUUUUUUGCAUUGAAACGAUUUUUGAUAUUUUUCUUUUUCUAUUAAUAUUAAUACAAUGAGAAGUUACUUUUUCUUGAUGAGAAAUUUGUAAAUUGUUGUAAGAAAAAGUACUAAAUAAACAAAUUGUUGAAAGAAUUGGUUGAUCAAUUUGAUUAAAUGAAAUUGAAUCAAAUCAGUUUCCAUAGUUACUUUUGAACGAAAACAAAAACAAAAACAAACCAGAAAAUUAAGUAUCAUUGAUAAAGAUUAAUUUUACACAUUAACUAGUAAAUUGUUGUCAAAAUUAUUAUCAAUUAAUCUCAAAUCUAAUCAGUGAUUUAAUUUUGACACUUAAAAAUCAACUAAAUGUUAUUGUCACGAAUUAAAUCCUCGGUAUCUUCUAAAUCAAUCGCAAGUAAUUCUGGAAGCAAUGGAUCAGCUAAGAGCAUAAUUCCAAAUUUAGAUGAUUUCCUGAAGAAUCGCGAUUUCACCGGAGCCUUAACUCUUCUCAAGUACAAUAAAACCUCUGGAAAGGAUAACCUUGAAAACGAGAUUUGGAUUGGCUAUUGUUACUUUCAUCUGGGUGAAUAUUCAUCUGCUCUCGAAUUGUAUGAAAAUAUAAUCAACUCAUUACCAUCUAAUCAUGAUCCUAAUCAUGGAGGUUCAUCGUCGUCAUCAUCAGUCAAUAUCACGAGAGAUGAGGUUUACCUUUACAUUGGAUGUUGUCAAUUCCUUCUGGGAAUGUAUCCCGAGUGUACCAAGAGUUUAUCUCUUUCCGUACCGAUCGCUGGUAAUCAACUACGAACUCGAUUAGAGUUUCAUUUGGCUCAUAAAAACGGCGAUGAAAAAACACUGAUUCACUUUCACCAACAGCUACAAGACGUACUUCAAGAUCAAUUGUGUCUCGCGUCGAUUCAUUACCUGAGGUCACAUUUCCAGGAGGCAAUUGAUAUCUACAAGAAGAUCCUCCUUGACCAUAGAGAUUUUCUCGCUCUUAAUGUUUACGUAGCUCUUUGCUAUUACAAACUCGAUUAUUACGAUGUUUCCCAAGAAGUUCUGGCAAUUUAUCUCCAACAUUAUCCCGAUUCAGUGACAGCAAUUAACCUUAAAGCCUGUAACCAUUACCGUUUAUAUAAUGGAAAAGCGGCCGAGAAUGAAUUACGACAAUUAAUUGACAAUUCAUCGCCAUCAUUUGCCUAUGCUAAAGAUCUGAUCCGACACAACCUCGUGGUCUUCCGGAACGGCGAAGGUGCCAUGCAAGUCCUACCGAAUCUCGUUGACACAAUUCCUGAGGCUCGUCUAAAUUUGGUCAUUAAAUAUCUCAAACAAGAUAAUAUCCAAGAGGCUUUCAACCUGAUCAAAGACUUGGAACCAACAGUUCCCCAUGAAUAUAUCCUGAAAGGAGUAGUAAAUGCUUCUUAUGGCCAGAAAAAGGGUUUACGUGAAUUCUUGAAAGUGGCUCAACAAUUUUUCCAACUCGUCGGCGGAUCAGCUUCCGAAUGUGACACGAUCCCAGGUCGCCAAUGUAUGGCCUCGUGCUUUUUCCUGAUGAAACAAUUUGAUGACGUUUUGCUUUAUUUAAGCUCAAUUAAGAGCUACUUUUACUCGGACGACUCAUUUAAUUUCAAUUUUGGUCAAGCACAAUCAGUAACCGGUAAUUAUACCGAAGCUGAAGAAGCGUUUUUAACAAUUAAGGAGAAAAGAAUCACAACUGAUCCAGUUUAUAUUAACUGGCUAAUAAGAUGCUACAUAAUGAAUAAAACACCAGAAAAGGCUUGGCAAUUAUAUGAACAGAACUCAUCUCGAUCUGAUUCAUACAAUUAUCUUAAUCUAAUUGCAAAUGAUUGUUACAAAAUGGGACAAUUUUUGUAUUCAGCUCGAGCCUUUGAUAUUCUGGAAAAACAUGAAACAAACCCUGAAUUCUGGGAAGGCAAAAGAGGAGCAUGUGUUGGCCUUUUCCAGUUAAUUCUAGCGGGUAAAGAACCAAGAGAGCAAAUAUAUGAGAUAAUGAAGCUACUCCGAAACUCGGACAAUCCUCAGGUUGACCAAAUCCUAAGAACACUACGUAAUUGGGACAAAGAGAAUAAAAGUGAUCUCUAAAUCGAAUAUCCGAUGUAAUCAACUGACCCAAGUUCGGAAAAAGAACAAAAAAUACAAAGAAACAUAAACAUUGCGAAUCUCUUGAAGAAAGAACGAGAUAUUAAUGAAGAGAAAGAAAAAGAAAAUCUGGUAACAAAGAGAAAGAGAAGAGAAAAAGAAAAGAAAACCAAAAGAAAGAGACUUAGAGAUGGCGCUUUUUCUGUUCUUGCACAAACUCUGUUCUAAAUUCUUUGUCUUGAAUCUACCAUGUUUUCUUUUUCAUUGUUAACAUUUAAUUUAAUCUUGAAGAGAAUUUUAAUUUUCUGUUAUUAAUUUUAAUAAAAGUGAUCGACAUUAAUUGUAAUCAUAACAAUUAACUUGUUCUCUAUCGUUUUAAUCGAAAA